AUGCCUACCACCCACUUCAUUCAACGAGUACUAACGUGUUGCUGGGCUAGACUACAACAAUGGCGUGCACGCAAACGUGCUGCUCGUUGCAAAGCAGCGGACAAUGCAGCCGCGCUCGAGCUAUCAGUCUGUGCGGCUCUCAUCGCUAUGUUCGUUGGUGUGCACGUGCUCUGCUUCUGGGAACCUCUGCAGCACCAUUUGUACCGCAUCCUUGCGGUGAUCAUGACACCUAUGGUGUUCUUCCCAGGCAUCGUCUUGCUUGCAGCCAUUCUAGUAUCUUGCGCUGCGGAUCUACGCACGGGUGAGGACGGAUGCGAUCUUGCACCGAUUCCUCCGAGCCGUUAUCCCAAUGGCCCGUUCAUUACAGUGAAGGGUGCCGGCAUCGACUGUUGCUACUCAGUCCGUGAUCUUCUAUGCGCACUAAGAAAGCAACACCACAUCGCCUCCCUUCAGAAAAUUCGACAAAGCGUGAUAUUCCCGCCUUUCGCGCGUGUACCAAUGGAUCUCAAUCAAAAUCUCGUGGAAGCUGGUGUCCGAAAUCUCUUGGUUGUGUAUGUGCAACACUCAGUCCUUGGUGGCUCGAGUCGAGCAGAAGAUCAAGAUACACUGUUAGAUGAGCCUUUCCAAUGCCCAUCGAAGCGCCGGCGCCACCGCGAGGCCGCGCGCGAUGAAGAAGUUACUCCGGACAAAGGCGGACAGAGGGUUCGCUCUCACACCAGAGCAUCAUACGAGAGCUCAAUGGCACAUCAAGCAGCAACACGCAAACACGCAUCCGAGCGCCCAGGGCUCACAGAAUCUGUUGCAGGUCUGUCUAGCGCGGCCGACCAAGAGCCCGAGAGUGUUCUCGGUGGCAUUCUUGAUGCGAUGGCACUUGACCCGCGCCCCAGUCUACCCGUUGUUGAAGAAAACGACGUAGAAUUUGUCGAACACGACAGGUGUCAGAAGUGGUGGCCUGAUUCACCAAUUAGGAAGGUGCUUACUUGGGAAGUAUCAGGAAGACUGAGGUCUUGCGCUUCCUGCGCAUAUUUAGCUCUCAAAAACGGGCUGGACUGGAAUGCGCCUGGACUUCGUGAUUUCAAGUUUGGACCCAUUGAUCACAACACUACGCUCUCGGACAAGGUCUACGAAGGCCUCUUACACUCAUUUGGGGAGGAUAGCAGUGACUCGGAGGUGGAGCUGGAUGCGCUUCUGGGUGAGCGUGAUCUGCACAAGGGCGGCAAUGAGGGCGAAGGCAAAGCGGACUAUGCGAUGUACGAGGAAGCGGGCAACGAUAACCCAUGGUUUCCCUGGCCAAGUCGACUGGAGAUGGCAAAUCCACAUGUCAGGCGCCAUUUGCGCUUCCUGCCAGAAGACUCUGGUCCCAAGAUUUUCGAGGCAUGGCAGGCGGACCGCUGGCUGCACGAGUUGGACCCAAAACUGGCUACACCUAUGAUCCGCAUCAGGCAACAAGAUUACUAUACUUUCGAGCCUCUUUUACUCGCAUCCGAUCACCUGCGCGUAUCACCAUCUGGGAGAGCAUACAUGCCAGUUCGGUGGUUCAUGCGAGGCAAGAAAACUCUUGCGCAAGCUUGGCAACUCCUUCCGUCAACAUCAGCAAGCGGAGAGCGCAGCUGGGUGGUUGAUGAGUUGGUACAGGGUCAUACAACACAUGCUAUUCUGGACCCACACAACAUAUUUGGAAUCUGUUGUGAAGGGACGAGUGUAUCACCGUGGGAUACGUCACUAUCUGUCCCAAAGCAUGGGAAUGCAUGGCGCGCUAAAAGCCGUGGUCAUUGCACAGUCAGUAUGCCAUUGUGGCUCUACUGCGAUGACACCUUGGGCAACGUCUCGAAGCGGUGGAACAAACACAAUUCCUUCUUAUUCACUGCUGCCGGGCUACCACGCCGAGAGGUUCACAAGGAGAGCAGCAUCCAUUUCCUGUCAACAUCAAAUAUUGCGCCCCCGCUAGAAAUGCUCGAUGGGAUUGUCGAUCAGCUUGAAUCUAUACAAGAGACUGGAAUCUGGGCUUGGGAUUGUGUCAAGAAGGAGCUUGUUCUGGUCAUUGUCUCGAUACUCGCUAUGCUUGGGGAUAAUCCCAUGCAGAGUGAAUUUGCCUGUCACGUCGGCUUUAUGGGCCGGCUGUUCUGUCGUGUGUGCUGGGCAACCAGAGAUGGUGCUUCAGAGUCACUGGCGGAUGAUGAUGAUGACGAAGAUGACAAGCUCCCUCGUGGGUACUCGAGCAACGAUUCUGCUGCUUCUUUUCAGAAGGAAAGGCGAACAUUCAAGAACGAGAGCUUUCAGAAGAUGGUCCAGCGGCUGCACAACUUUGUCAAGCGUGCACGUCCUCGGGUAUGCGAUGAGACGCUGGACACAUUAUGCUCACAAUUUGACACAGCAUUGCGUGUUGGCGGAAAGACCGAGUUCAAGCGGAAGCGUACUGCCACAGGUGUAAAAUACACGUUUAUGGAAUAUCUCCUUGGCCCUGUUUUUUCUGCAAGUACCCGCCGUGGUGGUACAAAGGCCAGCAAACAGAGGCAAGUCGAUGCUAUAAAAGCAACGUUGCCGUCCUUGGUUUACAGCCCCAUCUGGCGUAUACGAGACUUUGAUCCACAUUCCAAUACACCUGUCAAAAUCCUUCACAUCAUCUUGCUAGGUUUUGUCAAAUACUUUUGGCGUGAUACGCUGUCUCGCCUCAAGAAGGACAAGCUCGAAAUCCUGUGCACAUGCUUGAACUCCUUCAACAUCUCUGGGCUUGGUGUAGAUCCGCUCUCCGGCAAAAGGCUGGUCACAUAUGGUCGCUCGUUGACAGGUGCCGACUUUCGCAGCAUUGCGCAGGUGUGUGGAGGUCCUGGGAGAGUGGACGUUAAGGGGUUUCGAGGAGACAAAGGGCCCUCACCCUCUGGCCCUACAAAACACCAGCUCAUCCGAUUUUCUCCCCCCUCUACACCGUUGCGAGACUCGACGUUAGCUGCCUCAGAUAGUGACUCAGUCCGCGCAGUCGCCUCGGAUACAGGACACGCCGCCAGCACGUUCCCAACAGUACCCGGCAGCAACCUCAUGGGUAACUCUAGCCGAGCGGGAGGCAGUGGCGAGGGCGCCGCCGCCGACCUCGGCGAUGACGGCAGACGAUCGAGGGGUGACGGAGAGAAGGAGCAGCGAGAUAUGCGCCGCGCCAUCCUCAACACGGCAUACCACCUCCUUCACAACGUGGACGACCCCUCGCAUCCGCGGAUAGAGUUUUGCACCGCGCGCGGGCGCCUGGACUGGCUCAUCAACCACCGCAACCUAUCCCCCGAGGACGUGCUCGACAGAGGAGUGCCGGCGGGCAGGAAGUAUCCUGGGCUCAACACGCGCUGCGCUGCUGCCUUGAGCAAGUAUCGUAAGCUGCGAGACCAAGCGGAGGCAUGGGUAGCGGGCGAGACUCCCCCCACGCUGUCACCUCUUACUACGCCGGGAUCUGUCUAUAAGGAGCUGCCGUUCAUCCAGGAUGACGGCGAGAAGUUGAGAUACCUCAUGGGCGCGGUGCCCAGCUACCUGCCAUCCAACCCUGGCCGCCCGAGUGAGCAGCGCAACCGCUUCCAUUUGCUUAAGCUGGAGGACGUCACGAAGCCCCCUUCGCCGCUCCUCAGAGCAUUCCCGGAGCGCCUUCCAGAAGCCGAACCCGAGAUUUGCUACUACGAGCAGGGCAUUCUGAAGGCUUAUGUCGACCCGAAGCAGGCGCGUGAGCCGUGGGGCGGAGGGGACUCAGCAUAUGAGAACUACUGGAAUCCCACGGCACAGACGAAGAAAACCAUUUCAUUCGUCCCUCAGCCCGUCAAAGAUCCUUCUACGGCGGGAGCAACCCUCUCUCAAGAGAAAAAGAAAGGGAAGGCCUGCGAGGAGGGCGAGCGCUCGGCAUCUUAUUUUGGGUCGCUGUCGCGCAUAGGCGACCUAGACAUCGACGACUCGGCAUCCGCUUCUCUCCGGGAACGCAAGAAGAAGCGGAGGUCGAAGAAGAAGCACAACGAGCGCCGUAGUCGCAAGAACACCUCCGAGAGCGACGGGAAAGGACAUAGAAAGCUCAAUCCAGGACCACCGCACCAGCCGCCCAGGAAAGGGAAUUCCUCGAACUGCGCGACGUCGCACCUUGUGCAGUAA